UGGGAGGAGGGGAGUCGCUCUGUAUGCAUCCCUUACAUUAACAUACAAAAGAUCAAUUGUCCUGUUGUUUCUAGUCAGACAGUCUACAACCUGAUUAAAAACAGCCAAGGUAGAGUCCAAAGUUACAUGGUUAAAGUCCCCAGAGAUGAUCAUAAGUGCCUCAGGAUGCUGUGUCUGCAGCCAAGAUGGUGUCAAUCUCUGUCAACACAUUCUACAGCUGAGAUCAAGAUCAAAGUCUCAGAGGAACAAAACCUGAUCAGGGUUGCUGGUUGAAAUUAAGAUUUUGUGUAUAAUACUUUUAUAUUUUUACCUGAUAUUGACUGAAGCUAUACAAUGGAUUGGUUUGAAUUUGAGAGCAAACAUUAGUUUCUUUAAACUGUCCAUGUGUUUGUGUUGUCAUGUUGAACAUGUUUGAGUCAUUAAGGUUAGCUGGAUGCCAUAGAUGCUGUGCAUUAUGGGUGUGCAGGUGGGUAAAUUCUGUAUUCUAUGUGUGUGUGGAAGAGUUGGGGGAUUAUAGGCCUACUACACUGUGCAGAGCGCUGUACAUGUCUGAGUCAUACACAAGGAACUUGACUUGUUAUUCAACUUUAAAUCAGGCAGGUGCCCAAAAAUGUUGAAGGAGAACUGGUGUCCGUUUCUGAUAAGUCAUGUGGUUCAUUGACAGGGAGGGUGGAGACUUUAUUACAUAGGUAACAUGGUGAGCUGAUUUUCCAUUUUGUUCCAGUGCUACCACAACCAAAGGAUGGCAGAGAAAAAACAUAAAGGAUUCUUUGUCAGAGGAAAGUUUCGUGCAAGUAAACAUAAGAUUAAAGUACCUCUGACUCCACCUCCUCUGACCUUUGAAACUCCAUGGAGGAAAAUUUCCUGGGGAAAUAAAGAGGAGCAACUGACAGCAGUGAAAAAUUAUAAACCUAUAAACGAUGACAUUGAACAUCUGCAAAUUCUUCUGUACGGGCCUGUUGGAGCAGGAAAGUCAAGUUUCAUCAACUCAGUCAGCAACGUCUUACGGGGCAGAUUGACUCUUCCUGCCUCCGUCUGUUCAGUCAACUCUGAGAUCAGUUUCACCAAACAAUAUGAAACUCAUCAAAUCAGAAAAGGAAGAGACACCCCAAAGACAUUUUACCCGUUUGUCUUCAGUGAUAUGAUGGGGCUGGAGGAGGGGUCGGACUCUGGAGUCCAUCCUGAUGACAUCAAACUGGCCAUGAAGGGACAUGUGAAGGAAGGUCACACGUUCAAUCACCUCGAACCUCUGACAGACCGUGAUCCAGGCUACAACCCGGCACCCUCUCUACAAGACAAAGUUCAUGUUCUGGUUUGUGUGAUUUCUGCAAACUCAGCUGAAAUCACACCCUCAGUUCUUCAGAAGAUGAAGGAAGUCAAGGUCAGAGACCUGGGAAUUCCCCAAAUGGCAAUCAUGACCAACGUUGACCUGGCCUGUGGUGAAACUGAAAAGGAUCUGAAGAACGUCUAUAGGAGCCGACACCUGAGGCAGAAGAUGUCAGAGUUCAGCUCAGCUGUGGGAAUCCCCAUGAACUGCAUCUUUCCAGUGAAGAACUACAGUGAAGAGAUCGAUCUUGACGAUGACGUUGACACCUUGAUCCUGAGCACUCUGAAACACAUGCUCGACUUUGGAGACGACUUCAUCGACAAGAUGAAACCCUAGACACAUGGGAAACAUCUUAAUGCAUCAAGACUCUGUUUCAUUACAGAGGCACUGAAAUGCUAAAGUUAUGCAGGAUCACAAGUUCCUUCUAUAUAAGUUUGUGGUGAUUUAUUUCUGUCAUACAACCUGUAGAUGUAGCUGCACAUAUCACUGAUCUGGUUAGAUGUUACUGUGCUUCCUCAUUACUGAAAACAACAUGGUCUCUGUCCAUGUAGCCACAGCACAAGUUGGUUUAUACCAUCAGUCAAUCAUAGACUGUACGUAUAUACACAAAUCUCAAACUUGGAUUCAUCAGAAUAUGAUAUGCCUGAUAUCUGUGAUCAGCCUAUCAGAGAGUUCUUGUUGGGGGAGUCCUGCUUUCCAUCAUGCAGUGAUAAGAGCAUUACUCCAGAUCAGCCAUUAACAUGACAGAGGAAAUAUAUGAGAAACUCAAAGGUCAAAUGGCCAGUUCAUGGACACCAGGUCGUACUGACCGUGAGUCCAACAAGACCUCAUCUCUACAUUGGACAUUUGACCGUUUUUUCUAUCUUGAGAAUUAACAUGAGAGGAACUAUACUCUUAGAAACCUACGGACCAAGACCAGUGGUCUUAUCUUAUCUAUGGAGCCAGUAUCUUCUUAUUUCUCUGCAUGUUUGAAAUCAUACGAAAUAGCUGUCCAACCAUUCUGUAAACCGCAUCAUUUUAUUGAUCAAAUGUUUUCAGACAAAUCAAAAUCUGGAAAAUCUGCUAUAUCUCAUUCCUAAACUGAUAUAUUGAUGUGAUAAAUUUACUAUAUGUAAUUAUUAAAAUGUUAUUCCAAUACUUGAAGUUUGAAACCAGUUCCUCCUUAAAGAUCAACAAGAGCUGUUGUUAAACUAACAAAAUGUGUGCUACAAUAACUCAUAUUAGAGUGUAUUAUUACUUAACUUAUAUGUGGGUGAUCCAACAUGUUGUGUAACACUGUAACCAAAGAAGCAACUAUUGUGUGAUAUGUAAAGGUUCUGUACUGUCUGUAUGAGUUAAUGUUUUUAAAAUGAAGACGUGAAAAAGUUCUGAAAUAAGCAUGUCAGUUAAAGGCCAUAUUAGAUGGGUAGGCCCUGGUGUUGAGGGAUGGCUUGGGGAUCAUGGUAAACGAGGCCUCUGAUAGGCCUUUAAUCAAUUUAGAAGGAGUUUAGAUACAGUUAUGAAUUACUAAGCUCUUAAAAGCUUGUAAUCUUGACACAAUUAUAAAUCAUCUUCAGCAUGUUUUGUUUUUUAGAGACGGCAGGGAUACUUUAUUCUUCUUUCCAGCCCCGGGGGCUCCUGCAGGUUUACAGAUGUUACUGCCUGUGAUAUCACAAUAAACUCUUUUGCAAUUAA